UGCGCAUGAUCCGAUCGCAGUGCGAGAACAACAAGAUCCUCGCAGAUGUCCUCCGGUUCCUCGACGACGCCAUGCCUGUCGAGCUGCAAACUCCUCUCUCCUACGAUCCGAUAUUGCCCGAAGUCGUCUACUCGGUGUCGAUCCCGAUGACAGAUAAAGACUGGGCCGACUAUCAGCAAGCUGUUUCCGUCUUUCCUCGCGUUGCCGCCUUCAGUGGUACGCUGGCUGUGGGUGAGGUCGCAUUCGACCAGGUGACAGCUGUGCAUCCAACUGCCCCCAUGUUGGCACAAGGUGUGGAACUAGAAGAUCUCCUUGCGACGCUCGUCAAGAGACAUAGCCUUGGCGCUUCCUGGAACGUGAUGAAGCCUUGGGAGAAGCCGGGCCAGGAUGAUUGGAAGUACCCGGUGUGAUAGGGAUUGCAGACGUUGCUAGAUGGGCUUCGACAAAAGCGACAUAGGUUUUCGCCAUGUAUUGUAGCACCUUUUGGUGGCAUCUCACUUUUCUUUUGCUUCUUUUCUCCAUCCAUGUAGAUUACACGUGCCCCUCAAGUACCUUCUUGG